AUGAAUUCCCCGAAAGCUUCCCUGUCGAAGGGGGAUACCUCCUCGGCGUACGGCUCGCCCACAUUCAAUUUAAACAUGUCGAUCAAAGUUGAUGCGCCGGUUGGCUCUAUGUCCAUAUCACCGAGUAGCCGAGACGUCGUCUUAGCUUCUCAAUUAGGGCUCCACAUCGUAGACCUCGAUAAUCCCUACGACCCCCCUCGUUUUCUUCCACACUUAACAGCUUGGUCUGUCGCAGACGUUCAAUGGUCUCCACAUGCAUCUCAUUCGCAUUGGGUAGUUUCGACCUCGAACCAAAAGGCCAUAGUUUGGAACCUCGCCCUUCCAUCCCGCAAGGCUAUUGAAUUAGUCUUACACUCCCACACUCGCGCAAUCACGGACAUUAAUUUCUCUGCGCACCAGCCGAACGUUCUUGCAACAUGCUCCAUCGACUCUUUCGUGCACUGUUGGGACCUCCGGACUCCCCGUAGACCCGUCAUGAGCUUUUGUGAUUGGUUCGCCGGUGCAACGCAAGUCAAAUAUAAUAGACAAAACGAACACAUUCUCGCCAGCUCGCACGACCGGUAUUUAUACAUAUGGGAUGACCGCAUGGGUAUGCGUGCGGUUCGCAAAAUCAGCGCUCACUCAACAAAGAUUUACGGGGUGGAUUGGAAUAGGACUCGACCAUCGGGGAUUGUGACAUGUGCACUCGAUCGAACCGUCAAGUUCUGGGAUUAUGAUCAGUGUCCAGACGACACACCUGAACGCAUCAUCCAUACUUCUUUUCCAGUGUGGCGAGCCCGGCAUACCCCGUUCGGGAGAGGGCUAUUGACCAUGCCCCAGCGUGACGAUACAUCCCUGUAUCUUUGGGACCGUAGGGCAAAGACAGAUGAACCAGCUACGCCCGUACAUAAGUUCUCAGAUCACACAGACUAUGUCAAAGAAUUUCUUUGGAGAUGGAGAGGGGGUGAACGGGACGACACGGGCGACGACAGAGAGUUUCAGUUGGUGACCUGGUCACUCGACAAGGACAUCCGACUUUGGACCAUUGAUCAAGAGAUAACUGAGAAGAUUGGCCAUGACCCAAAGAAGAAGAUGAGAUUCAGGGUCACUCGUCGGGGAGCAGAAUACAAGACCUUUCGUGAUGAAGCUGCGAUUGUUAAGGUCGUUGGUGGAAAAAAAGGGUCGGCACCAAUUCCAAUGGGAAUGAGACAUCUUCCCAGAUUAAGCAUAGGCGGAAUGGAUAUCGAGAAGGAGGCGUUAAAAGGCGGUUGGAGAGAUAGUUUGUUCCCAGGUCAGAAUCAAGGAAUCCGGAGUGGACUUGUUAGCCCACAAUCUGGAGGAUCAUUGGGGAAACAACUAAGUAUGGGGAGCUUGAGUGGCGAUAGUCUUGGGUUGACUAGGGGAAACAUGAAACAAGGAGGCUUCAUGAGAGCUGGAAAAAGAAGAAGGAAAGAGGUCAAUCCUAUAACCUGGAUGCGAGGGGUCAAAAUCGCCAGAAAAAUCCCAGUGAACGGUAGCGAAAGCGAUGGGAUUAGGAGUAGUACUGGCCGGAGUGGAUUGUUUGGAAUUGGUUGGGAAAUCCCAGAAACCCUAGGCGAUGAGAUAUCCCUUGUUGGAAGCAAAUUUCCCAAAAUCAAUUUCGAGAAAGUCAAUAUUGCCGCAAGGUCCUGUACCGUCUCUUUGACAGGGCCUUGGGGUGCAGAUAAUAAAUGGGUUUUCCUCAGAGCGGAUAUUUCAUUUCCCCAUGAGUAUCCUGGGGAUGGGUCUAGUUUACCGAGUUUUAUUCUGGAAAAAACUAACAUGAUUCCAGAAAAGACUUUUGAUGAAAUAUGCAUGCAAUUGAAGAGGAUCUCACAGGCUCAUGUAGGAAAGAAGAGAGUCUGCCUGGAGCCGUGUUUGUGCUACCUACUCGGCGAGAGAGCGGAGGACGCUGCGUGGGUGGGUGAUAGCGACGAUGCUGGUGAAAGCAGCAGUGAUGACGGUGAAGGAAUUGCCACACUUGGUGCUAGGGAUGGCGAAGAAGAAGAAAACGUUGGCGUGGUCAAUACCAACAACCAAGCCAACGUACCAUUACCAAAAGUCUGCGGAGCCACCUGGGCGAAUGAUGGAAGAUUGAUAUGUUUUUUCCCACCAAAGGAGGAGAGAUUUGGCACGAGAAGCCUUCUGAGCUCGCUCGCUGUCAGAGAUGACGAAAGAUCGAUAAGAUACGGAAGUAGCGGGAGACCGUGGGAGACAUUUGGAAGGCUGUAUACUGCAUCCCCUAUCGGAAGGAGGGCAACUAUGGCGAGUGAGGCGGGUGAAGAUACAACAGAUAGUACGUACAGCACUACCAGCAGUUCAUCAAGCGAUGACGACAGCGAUUCAAUUGCGGAUGGCCCAUUGAGACCAAGCCUUGGAUGGAGGCUACACCGAAACAUUGAAAGGCGUUUCAGAGGAGGUAGCACAGAUAGGAGUACGCAAAGAAGUACUGGGACAGGGGCCAAAACGAUAACAGGAAAUUUUGCGAAACCGAAAAAUAUAGUAUCCAUACACCACAUGCAAACUUGGCUGCCGGCAAAGAAAGAGCUUGCUCAGGACUAUCAAGUUUACGGGGAUAGUGCCGAAGUAUGCCAAUUCAACGCCGGAGUUGCUGAAAAACAUGGAAACAGCGAACUUGCAGACGUUUGGAGGUUGGUUGAAAUGGUUCUUCGUAAUGAAGUCCCACUGGAGGUAUAUCAGCACCCUGGACUCAGCUCGGGGACAGGUGUCUAUGAAGACAGGAUAUUAGUUGUAGCCAAGCGGGCAAGUCUUGUUAGAGGAAGACGUGAUAGCGGACUUGGACUAGAUAUGAGUGAUGAUGAGGCAGACGAUUUGAUAGAAUCAGAGUUUUGGGGAAGGGUAAAGUGGGGAAGCCACCCACUAGGUGGAAGAUGGCUGGUAGAGGAGCUUUUUGCAUAUUUCGAGAAGAUGGCGGAUGUUCAAAUGCUAGCCAUGUUAAGCUGUGCGUUCUGUGAAACAGAGGAACCGUCGGGUUCUGAUGACGGUGGACUGAGAGCACCAUUUGAUGAACUCUCCUUGUCUACAAGAACCUCAGCUUACGCUCGGGACUAUUUCCCAAGCAUUGAAAUGGCGCUUAUGGCACACUCCUCAAACAACUCUAUUUCUCCAAACUACGCCUCCGCAACUCUGACGCCAAUUGGUACACAUGGAUCGUACUCAUCGACCGGCACUGUCCAUUUUGGAAGCGAUCCCGCAUACCCAUAUUCAACAGGAACUACCCCACCUCUUCAGGGGUUCAGACUAGGCACCGGUGAUGAUGCCUUCCACAGUCUUUCAUCGUCCCCGGAACUACAUCACCACUCCAGAAAAUCCAACUCUGGUAUGGCAGCAAACCUACGCAUGGCGUUCGGCUCAGGGCAUUCUGGCAGUCCUCCUGGAACGAGAAGAAAGAUGCCUAGUCCUGCAGAAAACCUCACCGAGACAUCAUCAGAUUUUGGAGAACCAUCCCCAAUCCGAAUUACAAUGAUGAACCAAGACAAAUUUGACGAUGAGGGUAAUGUUCAUGUGCCUUUCUUGGACCCCCAAAAGUUUCGUCUCUACCAGUCAUACCGCGAAAAUUAUGCCGACCUUCUGUUCAACUGGGGUCUCCAAACCCCACGCCUAGAAGUACUCAAGUAUAAUGGCUUGAAGAAUGCUGCCUUCGAAGCUCUCGAAGAAGAACCAGUUGGAUUCUCCCGCAAACCGACUAAAGUAACAGAACCCAGUGGUCAAUAUUUCAAAGGGUUGGAACUUGGUGGACAUUGUUUCAAAUGCGGUGCAAUGCUCAUAUCAACGAAAGGCGCAAGAGGCGAAUGUAAACCAUGCAAGCGACGGCAGGUGACGAUGAAUUGUUGUGUUUGUGAUGUCAUCAUCAAAGGACUCUAUGUACCAUGUCUGCAGUGUGGGCAUGUUGGACACGCGGACUGUCAGGAGGCGUGGUUCUCAGAAGAUGGAGUAGUUGAAUGUCCUACAGGAUGCGGGUGCCAAUGCGCAAGCUUUGUGGAGGGCGGGUUUAGAUUCACAAAUCUUCCUACCGUAAAGCCAUUAAGAGAGGACAGGGUACACGUGAGGAGAGAUAUUAGAUAUGACAAUGACUAUUAUGAUAGUUAUACAUUUUGA